UGGCAGACGAUGGUCAAGACGGUACGAGAAGUCGAUAUGCAGAAGGUGGCAGACACCAAGGAGGAUAUCGACACUCUACUCGUUUUCUCUGGUCUUUUCUCGGCCGUAGUCACGACCUUCGUCGUCGCGACAUAUCCUAGCCUUCAGCCCGAUAACAGCGACGAGAUCGUCUUCCUCCUGCGCCAAUCCGUCGCACAAAAUUACACUUUUAAUAACGGGGUCCUGCGCCCGAUGGUACCUUUUCCUCCCGAUCCGCCAUUCGAAGCCCCCGUGUGGGCGUUACGCGUCAACGGCCUCUGGUUCGCAAGCCUCAUCAUCAGCCUUUCCACUGCCUCUUUCGGCAUGCUCGUGAAGCAGUGGCUAAUCGAAUACCUCGCAAUGGAGUGGAUUUCGCCCCAAGAGCAGCUGCGUGCUCGACAAUACCGCCACCCCGGACUCGAGGACUGGAAAGUCUUCGAGAUCGCCGCCGUGCUCCCUCUCCUCCUUCAUAUAUCCCUUGGCCUUUUCUUCUUGGGCCUUUGCUUCUACAAUUCUGCGGAGAAUGAGAUCGUUGGCCGGUCAACGUUCCCCCUCGUCGCUGGAUGGGCGUUUUUCGCCUUAUUGACUAUGGUCGCGCCGUUGGUCACGCCUCGAUGCCCAUACAAGGUCACCCUUCUCAAAGCCGCCCUACGUGUGGGAAGGCGCCAUGUU